AUGGCGGACCCGCAAUCUAGCACUAUAGGUUCCACUGGUGCGGCUACGAGAGGUUCUAUUCUGCACGAAGUCGAGGACGAAUCAGUUCCUAUAUGGGGCUGGCUAUUCAACUCGGACUCAACGCCUGCGAGUCCAUGGGCGCGCAAGAUUAUACUCUCGUUGGGUAUGUGGAGGACAGAUGCAACUUCUGAACAGCCUCUUCUAGCAGCCCAUGUACUGACUGCCAUUGUGCAGAUGGAGGUGGAGUCCGCGGAUAUGCCUCGCUGCUAAUACUGGAUAGCUUGAUGGAGCGGGUGAGGACAAUUGAAGAAGAGAUUUCGGAGAACAGAAGGCAAGAGCGACAGAGACUACAAGGGACCGUGGUCGAGAGGGAUAAAUUGUGCGAACAUAGUGCUGCAUACCGGUGGUCUAAACCUCCGCAUAGCCCCAAUGGACAACUGCCGCAACACCAUGGCGGAUUCAAGCCCCAUCAGUACAUCGACUACUUCGUUGGAACGAGCACUGGCGGGUAAGACUCCGAAGCGGUUGUCGUCACUGGCCUGUGCUGACGUACUUGUAGUUUGAGCGUUAUGAUGCUAGGUCGUCUUCAGAUGACAGUGUCUGAAGCAAUGGCUCAGUACGAUGUUGUAGGUGCAGAUGUGUUUGGCCGACCUCGCGCAAUGACUUGGAAAGGGGUUCUCGCGCCGCGCUACAAAUCAAGGCACAUGGACUUGGCCCUGCAGAGGAUCACGCACCAAUUUGGAUAUGAAGCAGGUCGUCACACGGGUGAUAUGAUUGUCCGCGCGGGUACUACUUUUGGAGCAAAUGGUAACAACGGGAAUGGGAAGGCCACUAAUAGGCAACGCGACCAUGCCGCUACGCGACAUCAAGCGGAUAGAGUCACUUUGCGCAACGGUAAUGUAGACACUGCACGAACGUAUGUCUCGUUUGUCGGAGGGAAGGCGAUCGCUGACAGCUCGUAGAGUUGUAGUCGCCCACGGUACCUGGGACGACAACUUGCAGACAAAACGACCGCUGCUCUUUCGGAGUUAUGACCAUCCUCCUCCGAACAUCACCUCCGCGGAUAGUGGCCCAGUCAAGCAUCAUAAACCUUUCGCAGCAUCCGAUCUGCCCCUCUGGAAGAUUGGCAGAGCUACAAGUGCUGCCCCAACUUAUUUCUCACCGAUGGUCAUUGGCGAACAUAAGAUCAAAGACGGUGCCAUUGGCGAGGCGAAUAAUCCGAUCUUGUUAGCGUAUGAGGAGGUCAAGCAGGUACACUGGAAGAAUGAGCCCUGUCUAAUCAUCAGCAUCGGAACCGGGAUUCAACCGCAGAAAGAAAUGCAGCAAGGCAGGGCGCUAUUACCAGUUCUAGAGAAUCUCAGAGAAACUCGAGAAACCUCAAAGUGGUUUCAAAAGCUGGCGCUGGACUCAGAGAGCAAACAUCUGGAUUUCAAACGGGAGCUAGACGGCUGA